AUGCAAUUUGUAAAAGGUCUUCUAAUAGCAUUAGUGCUUCAGCUCCUUCUUCUGCAGCUCUGCUCUUCUUUGGACACCAUCAGCUUUAAUCAAUCUAUCAGAGAUGGUGAUUUCCUGGUGUCUAAGAAUGAGACCUUUGUGCUUGGUUUCUUCAGUCCUGGCACAUCUAGCAACCGCUAUGUUGGAAUUUGGUACAAGUUCUCAGAGGACAAGGUUUUGUGGGUAGCUAACAGAGACAACCCUCUCAAUGAUACCUCUGGAGUUCUCUCAAUCAACACUGAUGGAAAUCUCAUACUAGCUCAUGGUAAUAGCAGUCAAGGCCUUCCUCUGUGGUCAACAAAUGUCUCUGUCUCAUCAUCAGGUAACAACAAUAUUGUAGCACAGCUCCUGGAUUCAGGAAAUUUUGUUUUGGUUCAACAAGACAACCAGAAUGUUUUAUGGCAAAGCUCUGAUCAUCCUACACAUGCUCUUCUCUCAAGUAUGAAACUUGGAUUGGACAAAAAAAGCGGUAUCAACCGGUUCCUCACAUCUUGGAACUCGAACAAUGAUCCUGGAACUGGGAAUUGUUCAUUACGAAUGGACACAAAUGGCUCACCACAGUUGAUCUUGUACAGGAAUCAAGCUAAGUGGUGGAGGUCAGGUCAAUGGAAUGGGAUUCAAUGGGGUGGCAUACCGGCUGAGAGCAGCAACAAUGUGUUUAAGAUCAAUUUUGUGAACAACCAAGAUGAAAUUGCUGUUCAAUGGUCUGUUCUUGACCCUUCAAUUUACUCAGUGAUAACCAUAGAUGGGACAGGAUCACUCAACCAGCUAUCAUGGCAGGGGCAGCAGCACCAGUGGGUUACCCUUUGGUCAGCACCAUUGGAUGCUUGUGACAGCUAUGGCAAGUGUGGUCAAUUUGGUGAUUGCAAUCCUUACACUAACAGUGGGUUCAACUGCACAUGCUACCCUGGCUAUGAACCUAACUCGCCACAAGAUUGGGAUUUGAGAGAUGGGACGGGUGGGUGCAAGAGGCCUCAGGGGUCACCAUCCAUGUGUAGGAAUGGUGAAGGGUUUGUGAAGAUGGAAAAUGUUAAGGUUCCAGAUACUUCCACAAUAAAAUUGAACAGGAGUUUGAGUUUGGAAGCAUGUGGGGAAGAGUGCUUGAGAAACUGCUCUUGCUUGGCUUAUGCCAGUGCAGAUGUGAGGAAUGGAGGGAGUGGAUGCAUGGCAUGGUUUGGAGAUUUAAUGGAUACUAAGCAGUUCACAGAAGGGGGGCAAGAUUUGUACAUUCGUGCCGAUGCGCUUGUGUUAGCUCAGUAUACAAAGAAGUCAGGAGGAGGGUUCUCUGCCAAAGAUAGGAGACUGGCUAUUAUAUUAGGAGUGUCUAUUGCUGUUACAUCAUUGCUUAUCAUCGCUGCUUUAUGUUGGUUUAGGAAAAGGAGCAGGAAGGGGAGAGGAGGACAACCCGAAUUGCUGAAUGAUGCCAUUGCUGGUUCAAGAAGCCAUGAAGUUCUACUGAAGAAAAAUGAGGUUGAUGAACACAGAGGAAAAACGGAUUUACCUUUCUUUGAUCUAAGCACCAUAGUUGCAGCCACGGACAACUUCUCUUCUGCUAACUUGCUUGGACAUGGUGGCUUUGGCAUGGUGUAUAAGGGAUGUCUAGCUGAUGGACAGGAAAUAGCUGUCAAAAGAUUAUCAAGAAAUUCAGGACAAGGCGUCGAAGAAUUCAAGAAUGAAGUAAUGCUUAUAGCAAAACUCCAGCAUAGAAAUCUUGUGAGGCUUUUGGGUUGCUGCAUAGAUAAAGAAGAGAGGAUGCUAAUCUACGAGUACAUGCCAAACCGCAGCCUGGACUUGUGCAUUUUUGAUAAAAGCAGAAGGUCAUUGUUGGAUUGGAGAAAGCGGUUUCAAAUUAUCAUCGGAAUUGCUCGGGGCGUCCUAUAUCUUCAUCAAGAUUCAAGACUAAAAAUUAUCCAUAGGGAUUUGAAAGCAAGCAAUGUUUUACUGGAUGCCUCAAUGAACCCAAAAAUAUCAGAUUUCGGCAUGGCAAGAAUGUUCAGAGAUGACCAGAUUGAAGCAAACACAAACAGAGUUGUUGGCACAUAUGGUUACAUGUCACCUGAGUAUGCUAUGGAUGGGCUAUAUUCCACAAAAUCUGAUGUCUUUAGCUUUGGAGUCUUAGCACUAGAGAUCAUUAGUGGCAGGAAGAACAAUUUCCAUUUUGAAAAUUCCUCUCUGAAUUUGGUUGGACAAAUCUGGGACUUGUGGAUUGAAGGAAAAGGCUUGGACACGGUUGAUCCGUUGUUGAGUAGGUCAUAUUCUACUCAUGAAGUUAUGAGAUGCAUUCAAAUUGGACUCUUGUGUGUGCAAGAAUAUGCAACAGAUAGGCCAACCAUGUUAGAUGUUGUAUUUAUGCUGGGGAAUGAAACUAGUCUUCCACCUCCUAAAAAGGCAGCAUUUAGUUUCAAAAAUAGUGGCCAGGAUUCUUCAACAUCUAGAGGAGCUUCUUCUGUAAAUGAUGUAACAGUCACAGUUAUUGAAGCUCAUAGCAUAACAACUGAUCGAGCCAUCAGAGAUGGUGAAGUUCUAGUCUCUAAUGGUGAAGUGUUUGAGCUUGGGUUCUUCAGACCCGGAAAGUCCACCAACCACUAUGUUGGGAUUUGGUACAAGAAAGAUGUAGAAAAAACAGUUGUAUGGGUUGCAAACAGAGACAAUCCUAUUAAUGACACCUCAGGGGUCCUAUCAAUUGAUGCACAUGGAAACCUCAUCCUCUACGCCAGAAACCAAACCAACAUUCCUGUCUGGUCCACCAAAUCCAAUGUUUCAAUCUCAUCAUCAUCCACACCUGAUCCUAAAUACAAAGCUCAGCUCUUAGAUACUGGAAACCUUGUUUUGGUUGAACAAGACAGCCAAAAGGUAACAUGGCAAAGCUUUGACUACCCCACGGAUACAAUCCUUCCGCAUAUGAAACUUGGCCUUGACAAGCGAACAGGAUUCCGCUGGUUCCUGACCUCCUGGAAAUCCGAGGAUGACCCGGGAACGGGGAAUUACACCUAUGCGAUUGACCCAAAUGGAGCUCCUCAGAUUAUCUUCUACAAUGGUAAUGUUCGAUACUGGAGGACUGGUAACUGGAAUGGGAUUAGGUGGUGGUGGGGUGACAUACCGGUAGUGCUAGAUACUAAUAUCUUCAAUGCCAGCUAUGUGAACAAUCAAGAUGAGAUCAUCGUUACUUGGGGUGUCCUCAACUCAUCCAUCUCCACAAGAAUCGUGGCAGCCCAUUUGGGAUUGAUCGAACAAUUUAACUGGUAUGAACAAGACCUCAGAUGGAAUAAUAUAUGGUCUGGCCCCAGGGACAGAUGUGAUAUUUAUGGCAGGUGUGGAGAGUUUGGUUACUGUGACUCGGAGAGUCUCCGUGCGUUUGAGUGCAAAUGCCUACCAGGGUUCCAACCCAAGUUGCCAGAUGAAUGGAACAUGAGAAAUGCAUCGAGUGGCUGCGUGAGGAAGCUCGAGGCAUGCAGGAAUGGGGAAGGUUUCGUCAAGUUAGAACAAGUGAAGAUUCCUGAUACAUCGUGGGCAUGGAUAGAUAGGAAUUUGAGUUGGAAAGCAUGUGAGCAGCAGUGCUUAAGGGACUGCUCUUGCUCAGCAUACGCCAUCAACAGCAAUGCAAAUAUGAUAGGGUGCAUGGCAUGGUAUGGGAAUUUAGUAGAUACAAGGGAUUCUGCAGAUGGGGGUCAAGACUUGUACAUACGUGUGGAUGCAGUUGAGUUAGCUGAAUACACAAAGAAGUCCAAGGGGUUUCUUGCCAAAAAAGGGAUGGUGCCGAUUUUGGUAGUGUCUAUUGCUAUGGUAUUCUUCUUCAUUUGCUUUGGAUGUUGGUUUGCGAAGAGGAAGAGAAAAGAAUAUCCAAGGGAAAUGAAGAAUGAUGAUAGUAGAAGAACACAUCAAGACCUGACAAUUUUUGACCUAGAGAGCAUAGUUGCUGCUACAAACAAUUUCUCUACUGCUAACAAGCUCGGCGAAGGUGGAUUUGGCCCAGUCUACAAGGGACUUUUAGCUAAUGGACAAGAGGUGGCUGUGAAAAGACUAUCAAAGAAUUCAGGGCAAGGUUUAGAACAAUUUAAGAAUGAGGUUAUGUUGAUAGCAAAACUUCAGCACAGGAACCUGGUGAGGAUCUUUGGUUGCUGCAUUGAUGCCGAAGAAAAGAUGUUGAUAUAUGAAUGUUUGGCAAACAAAAGCUUGGACUUCUUCAUAUUUGAUAAAAGCAGAAGCUCAUUGUUGGACUGGAAAAAGCGUUUUGAGAUUAUAUUGGGAAUAGCUCGAGGGGUCUUAUAUCUACAUCAAGACUCAAGACUAAAAAUUAUCCAUAGGGAUUUAAAAGCUAGCAAUGUCCUCUUGGAUUCUACUAUGAACCCAAAGAUCUCAGAUUUUGGAAUGGCUAAAAUGUUUGGGGAAGACCAAAUCCAAGCAAAUACAAACAGAGUGGUUGGAACAUAUGGCUACAUGUCACCAGAAUAUGCAAUGGAAGGGCGGUAUUCAGAAAAAUCUGAUGUUUUCAGCUUCGGUGUUUUACUGCUAGAGAUCAUUAGUGGCAAAAGGAACACUAGUUAUGAUCCUUCCCCAAAUUUGAUUGGACAAAUUUGGGAUAUGUGGACAGAGGAGCAGGCAUUAGGUAUGGUUGAUCCAUCCUUGGGGGAGUCAUAUCCUGCUCAUGAGGUUUCAAGAUGCAUCCAGAUUGGGCUACUUUGCGUGCAAGAAAGUGCAUCAGAUAGGCCAACCAUGUUGGAAGUUAUUUUCAUGUUGGAUAGCAUAACAACUGAUCAAGCCAUCAGAGAUGGUGAAGUUCUAGUCUCUAAUGGAGAAGUGUUUGAGCUUGGUUUCUUCAGCCCUGGAAAAUCCACCAACCGGUAUGUUGGAAUCUGGUACAAGAGAGAUAAAGAAAAAACAGUUGUAUGGGUUGCAAACAGAGACAAUCCUAUCAAUGAAACCUCAGGGGUCCUAUCAAUUGGUGCACAUGGAAACCUCAUCCUCUACGCCAGGAACCAAAGCAACAUUACUCUCUGGUCCACCAAAUCCAAUGUUUCAAUCUCAUCAUCAUCCACCCCUGAUCCUAAAUACAAAGCUCAGCUCUUAGAUACUGGAAACCUUGUUUUGGUUGAACAAGACAGCCAAAAGGUAACAUGGCAAAGCUUCGAUUAUCUCACUCAUACAGUGAUUCCAUUCAUGAAACUUGGAAUAAACAAGCGGACAGGAUUCAACUGGUUCCUAACUUCCUGGAAAUCCGAAGAUGACCCGGGAACCGGGAGUUACACCUAUAAGAUUGACCCAAAUGGAGCUCCUCAGAUGGUCUUGUACAAUGGUAAUCUUCGAUACUGGAGGACUGGUAGGUGGUGGUGGAGUGACAUACCGGUGGUGCUAACUACUUCUUUCUCCAAUUCUAGCUUUUUGAACAAUCAAGAUGAGGUUACUGUUACUUGGGGUCUUCUCAACUCAUCCAUCUCCACAAGAAUUGUGGUAGACUAUUCUGGAACGAUCCAACAAUUUAACUGGUAUGAACAAGACCUUGGAUGGAAUCAAAUCUGGUCUGGCCCCAUGGACAGAUGUGAUUAUUAUGGCAGAUGUGGAGCGUUUGGUUACUGUGACUCGGACAGUAUCAGCAUGUUUGAAUGCAGAUGCCUACCAGGGUUCCAACCCAAGUUGCCAGACGAAUGGAACAUGAGAAAUGCAUCUAGUGGCUGCGUGAGGAGGCUCGAAUCGUGCAAGAACGGGGAAGGUUUCAUCAAGUUAGUAAAAGUGAAGGUCCCUGAUACAUCAUGGGCACGGGUGGAUAUGAAUUUGAGUUGGAAAGCAUGUGAGCAGCAGUGCUUGAGGGAUUGCUCUUGCUUGGCAUACACCAUCAGCAGCAAUGCACCUAUAAUAGGGUGCAUGACAUGGUAUGGGAAGUUAGUAGAUACAAAGAAUUUUGCAGAUGGGGAUCAAGACUUAUACCUACGUGUAGAUGCACUUGAGUUAGCUGAGUACACAAAGAAGUCCAAGGGUUUUCUUGCCAAAAAAGGGAUGCUGCCAAUUUUGGUUGUGUCUAUUGCUAUGAUAUCCUUCUUCAUUUGCUUUGGAUGUUGGUGUUCAAAGAGGAAGAGAAAAAAAUAUCCCUGGGAAAGGAAGAAUGAUGAUGACAGUAGAACACAUCAAGACCUAUCACUUUUUAACCUAAAAAGCAUAGUUGCUGCUACAAACAAUUUCUCUGCUGCUAACAAGCUCGGCGAAGGUGGAUUUGGCCCAGUCUAUAAGGGUCUAUUAGCUAAUGGACAAGAGGUGGCUGUGAAAAGACUAUCAAAGAAUUCAGGGCAAGGUCUAGAGCAAUUUAAGAAUGAGGUUAUGUUGAUAGCAAAACUUCAGCACAGGAACCUGGUGAGGCUUUUUGGUUGCUGCAUUCAUACAAAAGAGAAGAUGUUGAUUUAUGAGUACUUGACAAACAAAAGCUUGGACUUCUUCAUAUUUGAUAAAAGGAGAAGCUCGUUGUUAGACUGGAAAACACGUUUUGAAAUUAUAUUUGGAAUCGCUCGAGGUGUCUUAUAUCUUCAUCAAGACUCGAGACUAAAAAUUAUCCACAGGGAUUUAAAAGCUAGCAAUGUCCUCUUGGAUUCUACUAUGAACCCAAAGAUCUCAGAUUUUGGACUGGCUAAAAUGUUUGGCGAAGACCAAAUGCAAGCAAAAACCAACCGAGUGGUUGGAACAUAUGGCUACAUGUCACCAGAAUAUGCAAUGGAAGGGCGAUAUUCAGAAAAAUCAGAUGUUUUUAGUUUCGGUGUGUUACUGCUAGAGAUCAUUAGUGGCAAAAGGAACACUAGUUAUGAUAACCAAACUCCCUCCCCAAAUUUGAUUGGACAAAUUUGGGAUAUGUGGACAGAGGAGCAGGCAUUAGGUAUGGUUGAUCCAUCCUUGGGGGAGUCAUAUCCUGCUCAUGAGGUUUCAAGAUGCAUCCAGAUUGGGCUACUUUGCGUGCAAGAAAGUGCAUCAGAUAGGCCAACCAUGUCGGAAGUUAUUUUUAUGUUGGGUAAUGAAACAACUCUUCCCUCUCCCAAGAAACCUGCAUUUAUAUUACAAUCCAGCAAUCCAAACUCAACAGCAUCAAAAAGAUCAACUCCUUCUCUAAAUGACGUAACGAUAACUAUGCUCGAAGCACGCUAA